AUGGGGACCAUCAACAGAAAGAUCUCCCGCUUCGACAUCACAGCCGUCUACAGCCACCCGAGUGCGAGGGUGGAUAUAGUUCUUGUCCAUGGUCUCAAUGGUGAUCCGCAAAGGACAUGGACCGCCAAGAGCCCAGGCGGGAACGGCACUUUCUGGCCAGCCGACCUCCUCCCCAAAACCCUGGAGGCAGAGAACGCGUAUGCCAACGUUCUGGUGUAUGGGUACAACGCAGAUGUCUCGUCCAAGAAGCACGGCACCGGUCCCAGCACCAACUACAUCCACCAGCAUGCGCAGACCCUGGUUACUUUCCUCACGACAUAUCGGAAAAGCAAGAAGACGACACGAAACCCAAUUAUAUGGGUGGCCCACAGUCUGGGCGGCAUCCUUGUCAAGCGGGCCCUGGAGCAUUCAGACAGUGUGCGUGUCGCCGACCACGAAGACUAUCGCUCCAUCUACGUGUCCACCUACGGCAUUAUUUUCCUGGGCACGCCACAUGAUGGCUCUGAGCUCGCAUCCUGGGGAUUAGCCCUGCAGGGCAUGGCCGGUCACGUCCCGAGGAAGUUUUUCGACAGCGAGCCGGUUCUCAUCGAGAGCUUGAGGAAAGACAACGAGACGCUGGAUAACAUCAACAUCAAUUUUCUCAAUAUUUACCAGAGAUUCAAGAUCCACAUGGUCCAUGAGAACCAGAAGACCGACCUGAAGGGGACGAAAUCACUGAUUGUGGACGCAAAAUCGGCGGCGCCUCGCUUACCAGGUGUCACAUCUUAUGGCGUGGAAGCAGAUCAUUCAACCAUGUGUAAAUUUGACGGGUUUGAUGCGCCUGGAUAUCGAACAAUUUCCACAGCCAUCGCUGAAUGGGUUCAAGCAGCACCUGAAGUCAUGGGUGUUCGUUGGAGCGUCGAGGACGACAGUCGUCGUGUCCGGGCUCAACUGGAAAUGAACGAACGAGCGAGACCAUUUCUUACACAGUCCGGGGGCUCCUCACAAGUGGUUGCUGCAUCGAGCCGGCAGAAUCACAUGAUACGGACCGGCCAGGUGGUCGAGGCGACCGCUAAUGCCCUCAGGGUAUAUGGGCUGAUUUUUCUGUUUGUAGAUGACCAAAAUAAGACUACUUCAAGCUUGCCGGCUCCACAAGAGCAAACCGCUCCUCCAUCUCCUCUUCCUCUCUUGGUCCAGCCAGCACCGCCUGAGCGGGGCACGCCAAGUCCACAGAAGCAGCAUGCCUCGCAGGAGACCAUAUUUUUACACCCCGAGGCGUUUAGGCCCAACUCGUACUUUGUUGGCAGGAAAGAGGAGCUUGAUGACCUUCACAGAAUGCUUCAGGACCCGAAGCGAAGGUCGGAAGGUUCUUCUACGGUCCUGAUUUCCUGUCUUCCGGGAGGGGGGAAAACUCACAUGGCCAGGCAAUACGUCUUUGCACACAAGGAUGAUUAUCCAGGGGGGAUAUUUUGGCUGCGUGCAACAUCCGUCCAGGAGCUCGAAGGCGAGUUCUGGCGUGUGGCAAGGACCGCUGCUCUCAAGGAUCUCAUGGACAAGACAGACAUUGACGAACUGAAAGACCAUACCAAAAUCAUUGAUUUUGUUCGGCAAUGGUUCAAUGGCUUGCGGGAAUGGCUCAUGAUUCUGGAUGGGAUCAUGUUUGACUCGGGCAUAGAACGCUUUGUCCCUGAUGCGAUUUCCUCGUCUAUCAUUAUGACUUCCACGGACGCGGCAGUCACUGGCAAUCACCACUUCAACAAUCCUCAACUCCUGCAACUACCACUUCUUCCAGCGCAGGAUGCUCAAGAGUUGCUGCUGCUGGAGACAGAGAAAAGGAAGCCAUGGAACCAAGAAGAUCUCAGCCAGGCGACAGAGCUGGUACAGAUCCUGGGGCGGCUCCCCUUGAUGAUUCACUUCAUUUCCCAGCAAAUAAAGGCGAAUCAGGAACCUUUGGCCACUUUCCUCAAGCGCUACCGCACCCGACCGAAAAUUGGAAAAGUACCUGCGUACGAAUAUGUGUUGGAGCAGCUACAAGCGCGGGGAGCCACUGCAGCUCUGAACGUCAUGUCCAUUUUGGUCUUCUUGGACUCCGACAUACCAGUUGAAAUGAUGGCGCUAGGCCUCCAUGCUCUCGGCAAAGAAGUUCCUUACAAGACGCGUGAUGCCUCUACUCACGGCAAAGGGAGCCUCAGUAAUACCUUGAGAGUGCUAAUCGCCUUCGCGCUGGUAGAGAGGACGGAGUCACAGGAUGUGUCACCAACCAGCUCGAGAAGCUCCCAUCAAAGCCUCCCCCUGCCAUCGGAGAGCCUAGAUACGUUACGGAUUCACAGUGUCAUCCAGCGAUAUUUCAUCGAAUCUUUGGCAGCAAAAGGUCAGCAAGCGUAUUGGCUCGAGCGAACAGUUGAGGUCUUUUUUAAGUCCUAUGAUGAGGCAGACCGACGUAUAUCAGAAUUGCCCAAAGUCGGCCUCCCGGACGAUUACAGAAGAUUCUACAUACACGGGAAGAAACUCGCAGAGCACCUGAAACGCUUUGAGAGAAGGCACUCGGAGCUACAGUCGUUGAGGAAAGAGGUUGAGGCGAGAUUGGAAGACAUUCACGACAAAGUUCACAGGCUGUCGAGCAAACUUCAGGCAAUGAUUAUCGACCAAUCCGAAGAGAUAGCACAAAUUUCAAUCUUCGACAAAACAAACAGCCUAUCAGAGUCCGACUCGGCCACCUCCAGCUCCCAAAGCCAGAGUCAGCAGGAUGCUUGGGUGCGAAUGGAUGAGGACGACCCUCGGUUCUACCAGUCCCCAGUCGCAUUUGUACCUGGCCACCGAUUUGAUGCGGAUGGACUGCCGUUUCCCUACCCCGACGGAAGCACCAUUCCCGCCGAACCGGAUCAGUACGAAGAUGAACAGGAGCGGACGCCACAGAUUACUCCGAAGGUCGGCCAGGUCUCGCCAGACCUGGCCCAAAACGGCUGGACGACGCUUGUGCCGAUAUACCACAAUCAUCAGAGGCCUAGGACCGAUUCUCUAAUCAACCAGAGAGGACAUCAUAAGAGCGACUCAGAGAUUGGUGUUAGCCAUGACAUCGCGAGAUCGCCAUUCUUUCACACCUCAUCGCCACGAGGUGGCUCCAGAUCUUCCAGCAAGGGCCGUUUGAGCGCGCACAGUGAAGCUGAGUUGGCUCUUCAAAAAAUGCGCAAGGCCUCGCCACCGGCUCCUCGUGGCGGAAGGGUCAUACAGGACAAGGGAAGGAGCCAGAGCUCUAGCACGGCCGUUAGACCAAAGGAUAUCAUGAGCCGUGGAGAAUACAACUACGCCAGGGUAGCUUCCGGCCUGACACCCACCGAUAAGUCAUCAGCGGCCGAGUUCUACCGCGGUUCUGGCGGUCAGCCUCUAUCCGGCUCAUCUUGGACUGCCGAAACCGUGAAAAGAUUCAAGGAGAGCCUCAGGCCGUCUGGCAGGAGGUCGUCGAACGAGAGCUCAAACAGCAGGACGGCCCUGACCCCUGGGAGCGUCCAGACCUCGCCUGGAACAGAGGAUGUAGCAACAAUGCCGCCAUUCCCACAAGUAGCAGGGUCGCGGACUGCCAGGUCUAGCCCCGGUGGCGUCACUCCCUUCUAUCCACCGGGUCUUCCGGUUGAGAGAAUGACUGCUGAUUCUCGCCGUGUUCUUCCACCGAGUCUGCACCAGUGGAAUACCAACUCUUACACUCCAGGACUGGGUCGGCUUGAAGCCCUGAACCUUCCAUAUGGGCAGCAGGGCUUUGGCAAUGAACUUAACGCGGUGCCAUACCCACCACACAUCUGGAUCCCGGCUUCGGGAGCAGUAUCGGCGCCAAUGUCAAGAGACUCAAGCCAGCAAUCGAGUAACCAAUCGUCAGCCAGCAAGAGGCGCGGAGGCAAUCUCGCGCUCGCGACGUCCGCCACUGCAAUGAGAGGGCGGAGGCACUCCAGCCCUUUGUCUAGCCCCGUGGGCUCAGCACCGCCACCAGCCUCCCGCCUCCCUGCGCUUGGCCGCAGCGGACCACCGUCGGCAGUCACGGAGCCAAGCCCGAUCCUUCGUCCAAGGUAUGAGGUGCAGGACGUGCCUGCGGGCCAGGCUCGGGUCUACCUCCCCGAACCCCUCCCAUGGCCGAGGCCGGGAGCCAGCACACCCGGCGCCGGCGUGCCGGUACGCCCAAGGUGGUACAAGCGAGCUUCAGGGCGGCUGCGUGGGCGGGCUCAGUCGCAAAGCCCGACUGCAGGACUUCGAGUGUCGGGCGGCGCCAGCGUUCACAGCGCCGGCAGCCCGGAGAUUGACUCUGCAGGUGACGGGGGGGAGGCGAUGGCCCGGUCCGGGUCUGGUGGAAUAGUCGUUGGGAACGGAAGGAUAAUAGGGUUCGGGGAGACGCCUGUCAGUGUGGACCUUACCAGGGAGUUCCCAAGAGCGCCGCCUAUGAGUAGGAGCAGUUCUGGCGGUGUUGGUUUGGGUAUCAUGCAUGAAUGA